AUGUCUGACGAGAUGGAUGUGGACUCCCCUCGUGGCACCAAAAGGAAAGCCGACGAGGUUGAAGCCGAUCCCACCAAGCCGCGACGUAUUCAGGCUCUGGACCCGGAUGUGGUCAACAAGAUUGCCGCCGGGGAGAUCAUUGUUGCGCCUGUUCACGCGUUGAAAGAGCUCAUCGAAAACGCCGUAGAUGCAGGCUCCACCUCUCUUGAAGUCCUAGUCAAGGACGGCGGCCUCAAACUACUGCAGAUAACCGACAAUGGCUGCGGCAUUGAGAAAGAGGACCUGGCCAUACUAUGCGAGAGGUUUACCACUUCCAAGCUGCAAAAGUUCGAAGACCUGAGCUCCAUCGCGACCUACGGCUUCCGUGGCGAAGCUCUGGCCAGCAUCAGUCACAUAGCUCACCUAAGCGUCACCACCAAAACGAAAGACUCUAACUGUGCAUGGCGCGCCCAUUAUGGCAGUGGCAAGCUCGUUGCGGCCAAGCCGGGCCAGGCUGCGGACCCGAAGCCGGUUGCAGGCCGGCCCGGCACCCAGAUCACGGUGGAGGACCUGUUUUACAAUGUCCCCACCCGGAAACGCGCCUUUCGCUCUCCCUCGGAAGAGUACAACAAGAUCAUGGACAUGGUCGGACGGUAUGCCAUUCACUGCAGUCAUGUCGCUUUCUCUUGUAAAAAGCACGGAGAGUCGUCCACCAGCAUAGCAAUCCAGUCCAGUGCCGCGACCACGGACAGGAUCCGGCAGAUUUACGGAGGCAAUGUCGCCAACGAGCUCGUCGAGUACGAAACGGCAGACGAUCGAUGGGGCUUCAAGGCGCAUGGGUGGGCGACGAAUGCGAACUACCACAGCAAAAAGACCACCCUCUUGCUCUUCAUCAAUCACAGAUGCGUCGAGUCUACCAACAUCCGGAAGACUGUCGAGCAGACCUAUGCCGGCUUCCUUCCCAAGAAUGGCCGCCCCUUCGUUUACCUCAGUCUCGAGAUUGACCCGCAAAGGGUCGAUGUCAAUGUCCACCCAACCAAAAAGGAAGUGAACUUCCUCAACGAGGACGAGAUAGUCCAGGCCAUAUGCGAGGAGCUCCGCUCCAAGCUCGCGGAUGUGGAUAAGAGCCGCACAUUCAUGACCCAGACGCUGCUCCUCGGGGGCGCAAUGUCCGGCACGACCUCGACUAUUCACAAAUACAACCCUGAUGGGGAACCACCAGCGUCAGCAUCCUCGACCAACGCAAAGCGCACCGCUGCCUCUACAAGGCCGUACGAGAACAACCUUGUUCGCACCGACACGAACAUGCGCAAGAUCACCAGCAUGCUGGCCCCAACUAGUGCAGGUGCAGACACCUCAAACGGCGAUUCACAAGCUGCUGAGCCGAUAGAGUAUGAGACCACACCGGAUCGGGAGCCCUCCGUCUGCCGCCUCACCAGCGUGAAAGAGUUACGCGCAGCCGUUCGCGACGAUAUGCACCAUGAGCUGACCGACAUCCUUGCUAAUCACACCUUUGUCGGCGUGGUCGACGAGCGCAGGCGCCUGGCCGCUAUCCAGGGAGGCGUACGCCUCUUCCUCAUAGACUAUGGGCGAUUCUGCUACGAGUACUUCUACCAGGUUGGGCUGACAGACUUUGGUAACUUUGGCGUUAUCAAAUUCACUCCCGCACUCGACCUGCGUGGUGUGUUGGCCAUCGCCGCGGAGCGAGAGAUGGCCGCCAUGUCGAGCGAGGACGCCGCCGGGCUGAGCGUUGAGGACAUGGUUGAUGCCGUGCUAGAACAGCUCGUGGAGCGGCGCGAGAUGCUGCUCGAAUACUUCUCUCUAGAGAUCUCGCCGGCCGGCGAGCUCAUCAGCAUACCCUUGCUGGUCAAGGGCUACCAGCCGUCCAUGGCCAAGCUCCCUCGCUUCCUGCUGCGGCUCGGCCCGCGCGUGGACUGGACCGAGGAGCAGGCUUGCUUUGACACAUUUCUGAAAGAGUUGGCGACGUUCUACGUGCCGGAGCAGCUCCCCCCCGCGGCGGUGCCGACGACGGAGGAUGAAUCCGGCGAGGGGCAGGCCGCUGAAGCCCCCGAGGAGGACCCGGAAAUCAAGGCGAGGAGAGCACAUGUGCGGUGGGCUGUCGAGCACAUAUUGUUCCCGGCGUUCAAGGCCAGGCUGGUGGCGACCAAGACGCUGAUGAAGGGCGGCGUCCUCGAGAUCGCAAGCCUGAAAGGUCUCUACAGGAAGAUGGCUUCCUACGGCGGCUACUCGAAGCCCGCAUACGGCGCCCACGGCGGCGAGGACGGCGGCGGCUUCAUGAGCGGAUCCCAGCAGGGCAGUCAAGGCCAGGGCGGCAAGAACUACGCCGAAGAGUCCCUCCGCCCCGUGACGAUCAAGCAGCUCAACGCGUGCGACGAGUCGACGACCUCGCAGGGCGCCGAGUUCGUCUCGGACGGCCACCCGCUGACGCAGGUCACCCUCGUCGGCCAGGUGCGCGAGGUGAACCGGCAGCAGACAAACGUGACGUACCGCGUCGACGACGGCACGGGCGUCGUCGACGUCAAGAAGUGGAUCGACAGCGACGCGCCCGAGGGCGCCGACGCGACGGCCCCGGGCGUCGAGCAGGACCAGCACGUGCGCGUCUACGGCCGCCUCAAGUCGUACAACAGCAAGCGCAACGUCGUCGCCACCCUCAUCCGCCCCGUCGACGACUACAACGAGGUCAACUACCACCUGCUCGAGGCCACCUACGUCCACCUGUACCUCACCCGUGGCGCGCCCGGCGGUGCCGCCAACGGCGCUGCCAACGGCGGUGCCGGCGGCGAGGACAGCAUGUUUGUCGACGGCGGCGGGUACGGCGGCGAUGCUGGCGGUACCAACGCCAAGCUCGGCCUGUGCUCGGCGGCCGCGCAAAAGAUGUACAACUACCUCGCCAACACGUCCGGCGGCACCCAGGGCCUCCACAUGCAGAUGAUCUCCAGGGGGACGGGCAUGUCAGAACAGGAAGUCACCGGUGCCGCGUACGAGCUCCAAGAUCAAGGUCUUGUCUACACGCCAGAGGACAACGAGACGUGGGCAAUCAUGGAGUUCUGA